GCUUUAGCAGUCAGUAACAUUCGUCAGCUUGUGCUCAUGUUUCCUUAAAGACAAUAUUAUGAAGCGAUGUCUGCUUUAUCUGCCUAGCAUCAAAUUUAUGCCAACGAUUCGGAACCAGAAUGUUGAGGGACUAGACGUAAGAAAGACGAAGGACAGGGAGAACGCAAUUCAGGCAGUUCAAAAUCGAUCGAGAUCUCAGGCAGUCUACACAGAUUCGAAAACCUGUUUCUCUGGUGCAGUGUUUACGGCGCUCUCCUGAAAAAAAUUGUAAUUUGAAGAUAAAGCUUUAAUACGAAAUAUAUAUAUACGUGUGAAAUAGUAUAAAUAUAUCAUGUGCUCACGAGGGAAACUAUGUGGAAGAAAAGAGACAAUACUGAAAUUAUGUGCUCAAUCAUACUCGAUUAAUCCGUGUCGCGCUGAUGGUAUUGUUGAACCCAAGCCUUUCGAAAACAUUCCAGGCCCGAAAUCUUUACCUCUUAUUGGAACGUUGUAUAAAUAUCUGCCUUUUAUCGGUGAAUACAAUUUCACAAAGCUGCAUACGAAUGGCUUAAUGAAACUAAAACGUUAUGGACCGUUGGUGCGUGAAGAAAUAGUACCAGGUCAACAAGUCGUGUGGGUAUUCCGACCAGAAGAUAUCGCAGAAAUUUUUAAAGCUGAGGCGGGUCUGCAUCCUAAAAGAAGAUCGCAUUUAGCUCUCCUGAAGUAUCGAAAAGACAGGAGCAAAGUCUACAAUACCGGAGGACUUUUACCAACAAAUGGCAUCGAGUGGUGGAAGUUACGCCGCGAAUUUCAAAAGGUCCUUAGCAAACCCCGUAACGUUGUCGAUUACCUGGAAGAUACCAACGCAGUUGUACAAGAGUUCGUGCAGCUAUGCUCGCGGGAGAAACCUGAUGAUUUCCUACCUUUACUUUCUCGUCUCUUCCUCGAAUUGACUUGUCUUGUUGCUUUCGAUGUGAAAAUGCGUAGUUUAUCGGAAGAAGAAAAAAAUCCGCAUUCACGAAGUUCAAGGUUGAUCGAAGCAGCAUUUGUGACAAACAGCGUAAUUUUGAAAUUAGACAAUGGCCCGAGACUGUGGCGAUUUUUUGAAACACCUUUGUACCGAAAAUUGCGCAAGGCGCAGAAUUACAUGGAAGAAGUAGCGCUGGAAAUGGUUACCCAACGAAAUCAAGAUUUGUUGAUAUGUCGGAAACAAUCUCUUCUCGAGGAAUACUUAAAAAAUGAGGUUUUAGACAUCAAAGACAUUGUGGGUAUGGCGUGUGAUAUGCUGCUUGCAGGGAUAGAUACUACUACAUACAGCACAUCAUUCGCCUUAUAUCACCUUGCAAAAAAUAUAUCUGUUCAAGAAAAGCUAAGAUCGGAGGCAUCGGCUUUGUUAACAGAUCCUAUGUCCCCGAUAACGGCGGAGACCCUAAAAAAUGCUACUUACACCAAGGCCGUAAUAAAAGAAACUUUCCGGCUAAAUCCUAUCUCCGUAGGAAUAGGUCGUAUCCUGCAAACUGACGUAGUCCUGAGCGGAUAUCGCGUUCCCAAAGAAACUGUAGUUGUCACGCAAAAUCAAGUGAUCUGUCGGCUUCCCGAGUAUUUUGACGAACCAAAUUCAUUCAAACCGGAAAGAUGGUUGCGUGAUAGUAACGACAAACUGAGAGAAAAAUCUGUCAAUCCAUAUACUGUACUGCCUUUUGGUCAUGGCCCGCGAUCGUGCAUUGCAAGACGAUUCGCGGAGCAAAAUAUGCAAGUUGUCUUACUUCGUCUCUGCAGAAAUCUACAGUUCACAUGGUCUGGAGAGUCUCUUGAUUCAAUUUCAUUACUAAUCAACAAACCUGAUGCGCCUAUCAAAUUGAGAUUCAAAAAUCUACAUGCAUAGAAAAAAAUAAGUCAUUGGGAUUGCAAGAACAAAGAAAUUUCAAAAAAGUUUAUACCAGAAAACAACGUUUAUUAUAUAUUCUACUCGAAGAUAAAGUAGCAUCUUGACUGAUUCGAUAGAAAUAAUUAGAUUUAUACGUCGCGCUGACAACUUAUCGAACAUGAAAAUUAAACAAAUUGUGGAUGCAUUCUAAUUGUAGGUCAUGUAUUUCGGCGUUGCGGAGAAUUUGGCGUAUGAUUUUAUAACCUUAUUAACCGCCUCGAGGAAAUCCUUCUCUGUGGCGACUUUACGCCGUGCCCGAAUCGCGAACAUGCCGGCUUCGGUGCAGACAGAUCGUAUUUCAGCGCCUGUGCUGUUUGGGCACAGACGAGCGAGCAAUUCGAAUCUGAUGUCUCUCUCGACGCUCAUCGAACGCGCGUGAAUUUUAAAGAUAUGCGUGCGACCCUCAAGAU